UCUAUAAAUAUACACACUUACGUCUUCCUGGAUCCUGUCCUAACACACACUUAACCCUCUCCUUCUCUUCGAUCCUAUCUUCACAUAAUGGGAAACUACGCUUCUUGCGCUCUAGGCAACACAACCUCUUCUUUUUCUUCUUCUUCCUCUUCAAAAGUGAUUCUCCCAGACGGUGAAGUGCGUCACAUUCACGCGCCGACUAAAGCGGCUGAGCUUAUGAUGGAGAUUCCGAGCUUUUUUCUCGUCGACGCCGAAACAUUAAAGAUCGGUCGGAAACUUAACCCGUUAGCCGCCGACGACGAUCUCGAAACUAGAGGCUGUCACGUGUACGUCGCUUUUCCUAUGACGCGUGCCACGUCAGCAGCAAACGCUUCGGACAUGGCUCGGUUGUUUUUAGCCGCCAAGAAACAACAGCGCCGACGAGUCAGAACAGCCGUGAAACACUGUCACAACGGAAGGAUUUCGCCGGAGGGAGAGGAGGAUGUCAAGAUGGUAUCGGCGGGAUCUAAGCUGAUGAGUUUAGAAGACAUUGAUGAGUUUUCUGCGGCGGAGUUUAUGCAUAGAAUCUCGAUUUCGAAGUCUAAGAAACCGAAGCUGGAAACCAUAGCUGAAGAAGAAUCUCUCUUAAGCGGACUUGAAAUCAAACAAUUAUUGGAACUUGAUUUUUUCAACGCUUUUUUUAAUUUUAGUUAUUGUUCUUGUUUGUAGUGUUAUUGAGAAUGAGCAUGUAAUGAUAAAGUUCUUUAAUUUUAUGUAAAUGUAAAUUAGUAAUCUUAAGCUCUUAACCAUUAUUUUUAUAGUAUUUGUUUUUCAUCA